GAAAUGUCCCGUUCGACAAGAACUAUGUCUACCCAGUUUAGAAGUUCAACAAUUCAUAUUCUGCUUUUUAUUCGCGUGGUUUUGUUUUUGUGCGUGUCUCCCGUUUCGAUAUGAAUUUCAUACAGAUAUCAGCUUGCAUCUCUGUAAUUGUUAUUUUGUUAAGCUACAUUCGUAAACUCAAAAACAAAAGGUUCUACAAAUUACUCGAACAGUUCCCAUCACAUCCCACGUAUCCAUUGAUCGGAAAUGCGCACAUGUUUUUUGGAUCCAUGGACGAUAUACUUCCAAAAUUGGAAAAAAUUAUGAAGCUCAAUGAUCGCGUAGUACACUGGUUCGGUCCCAUACCGUGUUUAUUUUUGAAAAAACACGAAGAUAUCGCUAUGACGUACAACCUAAGUUCGGAUCGUGACUUACUUGGAACACCAGAUGAUUGGCUCGGUGUAGGGAUAUUGACCUCCAAAUAUGAAGAAUGGAAGAUGUCCAGAAAAAUGUUUUCGCCAGCUUUCAGCUCGAAUAUGCUUUUGAAAUAUGCGGAAGUCAUCGAGAAACAUUCUCUAAAAUUUGUCGACAAUUUGAAAUCAGCAGCAAACAGUGGUGAAGAAAUUGAUGUUUUUAACUGCUUAACAAGACUCUCCAUGGACACAAUUAUGGGAACUUUAUUUGGUGAUUCAAUUGAAACCGAUGGAAAAAUGAGAGAGAAAUUUUGCUUUGCUGCACAUGAUGCCAUCCAGUACCCUAUAAAACGUUUACAGUAUCCUUGGCUGCUUUCACAUCGAUUAAAUAGGAUCUUUUUACACAUAAUAGGCAAAAUCAAUACCAUCCACGACUUGCAGUAUUAUCCAACAACGAUACUGAAAAAAACCAUCAAGAAUUUCCAGAAUGUACGACGUGACAGUAAUACACCUGAUGAGGUCGACACAUCCAAUACAAUGAUCGAUGUUCUGGUACGGUAUUGGUUUAAAAAUUCCAGCAACUUCACGGAAACACGUAUGAGAGAUGAAGUAUUGCACAUUAUAGCAGCGGCAGUCGAAACGUCAUCAAUGAGCACUAGCUUUACAGUUUUUAUGUUGGCACUCCAUCAAGAUGUUCAGCAAAAAGCAUUCGACGAGGUUUCCAAACUCGUAACUGAUGAUGGCACAUUUACCCCGAACGACGUCAUCAACAAUAUGCCAUAUUUGGAUCAAUGCAUCAAUGAAACAAUACGGCUGUAUAGUCCAGUAGCAGCAAUGCCCAGACGUAUGCAUAAGGAUAUUACAUUGAAUGAUAAUGCGAUAAUUCCUGCAAAUACACUAGUGCUGGGGUUGAUACAAUUUGCAAAUUGGGAUCCUGACGUAUACAAAAAUCCGGAAAAAUUUGAUCCCCAGAAUUUCAGCAAGGAAGCGGAAGAAGCACGACCGAAAACAAGUCGACUGAACUUUGGAUAUGGGCCAAGAUCCUGCAUAGGUGCCAAGUACGCGAUGUUAUCUAACAAAAUGCUAAUGGCUCUCAUUUUACGCAACUAUCAUUUAUCCACCAGUGUCAAAGAGUUCACUAAAGAACAUUUAAAAAUGGAUCUUAGCACCCAGAGUAAAAUUGGCUAUCCUGUCAAAUUUACGAGAAGGCGAGCGAGAAGUUCAUUAAUCAUGGAAAAAAAUUAAAUGAUAAUUUCUGUAAUAGGUAUUUACAACUUAUCGGUAUUUGUGAAUCUUUUAUUUUAUAAUUUUGUACGAACGAUUUCAGAUUAAUUAAACGCAUAACAAUGCCUAUAAUUCUACAAGAAAAUUGUUCAUCUUCUGUGAAA